UCAGAUAAUGGAAAGAAAUUUGUAGCACAAGUCAUUAGAGAACUAAUUGGGUUAUGGCCAUUAGUGAAGAUUAUCAAUAGACACCCUAGGCAUCCCCAAUCGCAAGAUCUUGUCAAACACACUGACAGUAUUUUACAGCAAAAGUUAGAAAAGUAG